AUGGUCAGGCGUAUAACAGCGCCCCACGUGUCCGAUUUUUCCAAUUUAGACGGGAAAGAUGGCCCAGGCUUCGCACUGACCCUUCCAGGAUUCGAUCCCGCGUCUUUCGCCUCCUCCCUUCACAAUGCCGUCGAUCAUCAGAAGCAGCGUUUCGACCGGUUCGUCAAGGUACAAUUGGGGAAGGUUCAACUGCGCCAGAAAUCGACAAAUGCAGCGCAACUAGAAAGCUCUCAGCCUGCUGUGCAUUGGCCAAUCCGAAGGCGCGGGUCGACCCGCAGCGCAGUUGGUACCGUCCAAUUCGUUUCCAGUCCCCCUUUCGCCGCUGUAGCUGCCGACUCGCUAAAAGCACCCGCGUCAGCAGCCCCGGAGAAAAAAGACGGAGGCGCUUCGUCAGCGGGAUCAGCGGCGGCAGAUGCGGGGGGAAAUGCGGUGAAGCCGACGCUCGCGCAGUACCUGCGUAAGCCCAUCGCGCUGUUCAGCUUCAUCCCGAAAGACGCGGCGCUGUUCUUCGCCGGCGCCGUCGCGGGCGGCACGGCCAAGACGGUGACGGCUCCGCUGGACCGCUGGAAGCUCAUGCUGCAGGUGCGCAGCGUGCAGAUGCCUCAAGGCGUCGCCGCCAAGCCGGUCGGGCUGCUGGACUCGUUUCUAGCGAUCGGGCAGAAGGAGGGCGUGCUGGGCUACUGGAAGGGCAACUUGCCGCAGGUCAUCCGUAUCAUUCCCUACAGUGCAGUUCAGCUCUUCGCAUAUGAAAUGUACAAGAAGGCAUUCCUGGGCAAGGACGGGGAGCUCUCGGUGCCUGCCAGGCUGGCAGCUGGCGCAUGUGCUGGCAUGACGUCAACACUGAUCACGUACCCCCUGGACGUUCUGAGGCUGCGCCUGGCCGUGGAUCCGGCAUCAAGGGGAAUGCGCUCGGUGGCGAUGGGCAUGAUCCGCGAGGAGGGCGUGCUGUCGUUCUACAAGGGCCUCGCGCCCUCCCUCAUCUCCAUCGCGCCCUACAUCGCUCUCAACUUCUGCGCGUUUGACCUCAUCAAGCGCUCGAUCCCUGAGAAGUACCGCAAGACCCCGCAGGCCUCCUUUGUGACCGCCCUCUGUGCCACCACGUUUGCAACUGUGAUGUGCUACCCGCUCGACACGGUGCGGCGGCAGAUGCAGAUGAAGGGUUCGCCCUUCAACUCGGUGUUUGACGCCAUUCCCGGCAUCAUUGCGAGGGAUGGAGUGGUCGGGCUGUACCGGGGUUUUAUUGCCAACGCGCUCAAGAACCUUCCUAACAGCAGCAUUCGCCUGACAACGUAUGACACCGUGAAGCAACUGAUCGCAUCAAGCCGUGACGAAUACGCCAAGCUUGUGAAGGAAAGGGAGGCCCAGAUUAGUGCCAACUGA